AUCGCGCCCACACCCGUGAUCAUGGCCGACUCCGAAUUGCCCACCCGCCCCAAGCCCGAGGAGACCCCCGCCGCCGCCGCGGACGCCCCCGCGGAGGGCGCGGAGCCCACCAAGAGCGCCAGCAAGAGCGCCGCCAAGAAGGCCGCAAAGGAGAAGGCGAAGGCCGAGAAGGCCGCCGCGCGCGCUGCCCAGGAGAAGGCUCAGGCUGCCGCCGCCGAAGCUAACGACACCGCGAAGGGCCUUUACGGCAACCUCCCCGAGUCCGAAGAUGUCCUCCCCGCGACGAGAUUCUCCGAGAUCACCGACGAGCACUACGAGAAGGAGAUCACGGUGGUGGCCCGUGUCGAUAAUGCCCGUGUGCAGAGCGCCAAGCUGGCCUUCCUGAUGCUGAGACAGCAGGGUCAGAAGCUGCAGGCUGUCAUUGCGGCCGCGGAACCCAUCUCGAGACAGAUGAUCAAGUUCACCGGCGGUCUCAAUGUCAACUCGAUCGUCCAGGUGACUGGUAUCGUCAAGAAGCCCGCCGUUUCGAUUUCCUCCGCUACCCUGAGCGACCACGAAGUGCACAUUCGCAAGGUCUACAUCAUCUCCGAGGCCGCCCAGAUGCUUCCCAUGCAGGUUAAGGAUGCCGAGAGACCGCCCCCGGAGACGACGGAGGAAGGACCCCAGGUCGAUGCGGACGGCGCUCCCAUUGUCACCCUGAAGACUCGCCUUGACAACCGUGUCCUCGAUCUCCAGACCGAGACCAGCCAGGCUAUCACCUGGAUCUCCAGCGGUGUGGCCCAGCUGUUCACCGAGUACAUGAUCAAGAGCGGCUCGCGGUGGAUCUUCACCCCCAAGUUGGUGGGUGCUGCUACUGAGGGUGGUAGCAACGUCUUCGAGGUCAAGUACUUCAAGAGAAACGCAUACCUCGCUCAGAGCCCCCAAUUGUACAAGCAGAUGUGUAUUGCCGGUGAUAUGGAGAACGUCUUCGAGGUUGCCCCCGUUUUCCGUGCCGAAGACAGCAACACUCACAGACACUUGACCGAGUUCACCGGUCUCGAUUUCGAGAAGACUUUCCGCGCUCACUACCACGAGGUCUUGGAGUUUGCCGAGGACCUCCUCGUCUUCAUCCUCACUGAGAUCAAGGAGCGCUACAAGGACCAGAUCGCUAUCAUCCAGAAGUCCUACCCCAAGGCUGGUGACUUCAAGCUGCCCAAGGAUGGCAAGGCCCUGCGUCUUAACUACAUGGACGGUGUUGCGUUGUUGAAGGAGGCUGGUGUGGAUGUUUCCGAGCAGGAACGCUUCGAGAACGACUUCACCACGGCGAUGGAGAAGCAGCUGGGCCAGAUCAUCCGUGACAAGUACGACACCGACUUCUACGUGCUGGACAAGUUCCCCAUGGCCGUCCGUCCUUUCUACACCAAGGCCUGCCCGCAGGACCCUCGCUUCUCCAACUCGUACGAUUUCUUCAUGCGUGGUGAGGAGAUUAUGUCUGGUGCUCAGCGUAUCCACGACAUCAAGGAGCUGGAGGAGUCCAUGGUUGCCAAGGGUCUUGACCCCAAGUCGGAGGGCUUCGAGGACUACCUCGCUGCUUUCCGCCAGGGAUGUCCUCCCCACGCCGGUGGUGGUCUGGGUCUGAACCGUAUUGUCAUGUUCUUCCUGGGCUUGCCUAACGUGCGGUUGACUUCGUUGUUCCCUCGUGACCCCCAGCGUCUGCGCCCUUAGACGAAGACCGAGAGAGACGUCCUUAGACCAGGAUAUGCCCUGGAUAAAACAAUGUAAUGGAGUGACGAGAUUUUCAUUGUUUGGCACUUGUCGUAGAUAUUUUGUUGCAUAUACAAGCGGUGAC